CCCGUAGAAAAGAAACGUUCCGCGGAAACAUCGAACGUUGCGUGCCUUGGCUUCUUGUCCGCAAAACGACGCGUUUCCGCGACUGGCGUGUAUUCAGCGUCCAGUUUUGUGAUCGCGAGUGGUGCCGUCGGUCACCCUGUCGUCGUUAGUCCUGCCGAUCGAACGUAUUUGAUCGCGCGGCGAGCUAUGCAACCGGUGAAAUGGAUUUAUCGUUGCGGGGCGAGUGCGAUCGCGAGAUGUUCGGUUUGGUGAUUUCAUGCCGUUCGUCGUGGUAAUUUCGCCGUCGCGUCCAAGGAGCUUGGAAUAUUUCGCCUCGAGCAGACGCACGUCGUAGAGACCGGAAACAAGGGGACGCAACCGGGGAUCCGAACGGAAGCCGCACGCACGAACGCCGAACGCCUUGAAACGUACACGAAUCGAAGAGUAACGUUUUACAGAGUUUCGAACGAUUUCCGAUAGAAUCCAGAACCAUGUUGAUCCUUCCGGAUUUAAAGUUACAGCAUCACGCUGAGCGGCGGCGGGAUAGAUCGUGAACAAGAGACGAACGAGAUGCGGCCGCGAGAGCUAGUACUAUGUUGAAGUGGGCUUACUAUGCGCCUCUGACGAAGAAUCGCGCAUCGACGGCGACCCCGUUGGACGAACGGGAGAAGAGGACGGACUGCGAUAGUGCACCGUUGCCGCCUAAGCAGACGCCAUCGCGAUUUUCGCGGAUAGGAAAAGCUUCCCCUUCGCGGUCGGAGGACGUAGAAAUUUUGCGAGAACCCUCGUCGGCGAGAAAAUACCUCGGGGGCUCCGAUCCAAGAGUGGCGACUUGCAGGGGAAAGUUGCAGAACAAACGGAGCAAACUGAACCAGGAAAUAAACAAGGAACUCAGGUUGCGAGCAGGCGCGGAAAAUCUGUUCAAGGCUACCACGAACCGGAAGCUCCGGGAAACGGUUGCUCUGGAGCUGAGCUUCGUCAACUCAAACCUGCAGCUGCUGAAGGAGCAACUCGCCGAGCUGAACAGCUCGGUCGAGCUCUAUCAGAAUGUCGACAGCGUGGAACCAGCGAUGCCGAUGAUACCUCUGGGUCUGAAGGAAACCAAAGAUAUCGACUUUCGAGAUCCCUUUAAGGACUUUAUUCUCGAGCAUUACAGCGAGGAUGGGGGCAACUACGAGGAAGCCAUCGCGGACCUCAUGGAAACUAGGCAGGCGACCAGAACGCCGACGAGGGACGCGGCUGGCAUUGCGUUGCUACUGCGCUACUACAAUCAGCUUUACUUCGUGGAGAGACGAUUCUUCCCGCCGGAUCGUAGCCUCGGUAUUUAUUUCGAAUGGUUCGACUCGUUGACGGGGGUCCCCAGCUGCCAGAGGACCGUCGCGUUCGAGAAAGCGUCCGUGUUGUUCAACGCAGGCGGACUUUAUACCCAAUUGGCCGCGAAACAAGAUCGUCGGACGACUCGAGGCCUGGACCAGGCGAUCGACGCGUUCCUGAGAGCCGCUGGUACCUUUCGUUACAUACACGAAAACUUUACCAACGCGCCAAGCAUGGAUCUGGGGCCGGACAUGCUCGAGAUGCUCGUGCAACUGAUGCUGGCGCAGGCGAGGGAAUGUUUGUUCGAGAAGCUGGAGCUUCAGUCGGGGGAUGGAAGGAACGUGGACGUUUCUCUAGACCUCGCGCAGGAGGCGUCACAGGUGGCAGCGGUCUACAACGACGUUCACGGGCUCAUCUCACGCGAGCCGGUCCGCGACUACGUCCCAGAGACUUGGAUCUCGCUGAUCUUGGUGAAGCGCGAACAUCACCUGGCUCUCGCUCACAAGCAUCUCGCGCUCGGGUUGUUCGAUCGAUCGAUCUCCGAGUGGCGGGCGGAAACGAGGCUCGCGCUCGAGCAUGCACAGAAAAGCGAUGGGAAAACUCAAUUGGACGUGAUCCUGCCGCGAGACGAGAACGAGAGGAAACUGUUAGGAAAGGCGCAUCUGAGAGAGGCGCUGGUCCUUCACGAGGAAAGCCAAAGGCUGCAGAGGAUGUGCAGGGACCUCAAAGCGAAACAGGCGCUCGCCAAAGUUUUGAAGAAGGUACAGGAAUCGACAGUGGAGAGUUACAACGGUAUCGGGGACGAAGAUGACUUUCGAGGGUUGCUGGAUCCUCCUGAUAUUAUUGCAUCCACCAAGUUUCAAUUAAACAUCACGCAUCCAGAUUUUGGCCAACAUGGAGUGGACGAUCUUUUCAGAUCCUUAGGCCCGGUAGCUAUAUUCUCGGCCAAAAGGCAUUGGACUGCACCGCGACUGAUACAGCUUCAAAGAGGUCCUGACGGCGAAGGAUUCGGUUUUAGCGUUCGCGGCGACGCUCCCGUGAUUAUAGCCGCGGUAGAUCACAAUUCGCUGGCAGACUUAGGUGGAAUGAAGGAAGGCGAUUUCAUAGUAGGCAUUGGCGACAGGGACGUAAAAUGGGCGUCUCAUGAACAGGUGGUGCGACUGAUCAAGCAAUCGGGGGAUUUCAUCAACUUGAAGCUGGUCACCCCGAUGGAUAGAAAUUAUUUGAAGAGGCCAGGUAAGACCAAUCAACAAGACAGGGGAAGCGUUUCAGCGGGCAGCUCUUCCGGCGUCUCUUCCGGUCAACCGAGUCCCGCCGGUUCCGUUACCACUGCCCACGUGGCUAAAAAGCUACCGUGGAAUCCGUUCAAAAAAUCGACCGCGCAGCGCGACAGCAGGGACCUGACAUUCGACAACGUUAUUCUGAGAUGAUUCGUUGGGUACUGGGCGCGUUGGAGCUUUCGUGGCAACGGAACGUAAAAUGGGCGAAACUGGAGAACACCUCGAGACGCGCGCCAGACUCUUCGCGUUGCCAGUACAGUAACCCCUCGCUUAAAGAUCGAAAAUUGGGUCCGCGCGGAGAAGAAUUUCUCUUUCUUUCUUAUCCUGUUGAGAAUAUUGAAGUAUAAUAUGUCUUUUUAAUCUAAAAGAAAUAUAUAUAUAUGCAAUGCGCGUUAGACGACAAAAAACAAGGUAAUCACAGUAUAUAGAGAAAAAGAGAAUACUGAUCCUUCAAACUAAACUUGGACAUCAUUGUUUCUUUUAUCUAUUAUAUUGGAUAAUCAGCAGAACCGAUCUACUUCGUAUCAAGGAUAAGUUUCUAUCUUAUUUUUGGUUUUGAUCAAAUCCAGAAAAAGAACUCUAGAGACUUGUGAAAGAAAAAAGAGAUUAGAAACACGUGGUUGCCCAAAUCUUUGAAUGCUAUGG